GAAGUAUCGUCUUUCCAAGUCAAGAUGGCGGCCUCAAUCAGGAAGUGAAAAAAACAAGCCCACUUCAAAAAAAUACAUUAAAACCACCGGUCUCUGUGUGAUAAUAAUACAAUUGUCAUUAAGAGCUCGGUGGAAGGUUACCAGGCAAAGAAAACGUUUUACAUUCUCGGGAUGGCUUUGCUGCGGCUGUGCUAGGUGUGCUGUAGGGACAGUGCGGUCCGGCCGCCAUGUUGUGUGUUCAGGGCGCGUGAGACCCAUCCGCUCUGCGUCUCCUGCCAUGGACGGGGAGGACUACCUGCACCCGGAGGGCCCGCAGCUGGACAGCGCCCCCUACAGGCUGCCCGCCUCGCCGCUCAUGCACUCUGCAGCGGAGGAUCAGAUGUAUCCCUGUAGCUCCUGGGGUGUCCCGCAGCAGUCUGCGUACAACUUUCCCUAUUCUAUGCAAUCCACAAACCAGCAGUACCACUCGAGCGCCGCGUCGCUCGCCCGAUCGGAGACGUACAACGCUUCGCUUUUCCACGACGCCAGCGAGUCGCCUGGCCUCGGGUUCUCCCAGAACAUGGACUUCCCUCAGGAUUUCUCCAUUGAUGACCUCUCCAACACCUCGCUGGACUCCCUGUCCGAAUACGCAGACACCCAAAGCUUCCUCAACUCCGACAGCCUGACGCACGUACCCACCAUAUGGGACGUCAGCACGCACAGCACUGCACAGAACCAGCACGAGCAGAAUCCCAGCCAGUUUCAGGGUCUCGGCACUUUGGAGGAAAUCUCGGCCAUUAUCAACCCCCCGCCUUUGGGAGUAUACCAGAUUCCCACGGCCCACCAACGGCAGCCUGAGGAAGAGGAGGAUGCUGAUGAGGAAGAGGCAGAGGAGCUGGGACACGCCGACACAUAUGCUGAGUACAAACCAUCUAAAUCCACCAUAGGAAUCUCUCACCCGGAUAUCGUCGUGGAAACAAACACCCUCUCCAGCGUUCCGCCUCCUGACGUCACCUACACCCUGUCCAUCCCCGAGGCGACUGUCAGCCGCGGGCUGCUGUCGGCACUGCAGCUGGAAGCCAUCAUCUAUGCCUGCCAGCAACACCAGGUGAUCCUGCAGAAUGGGCAGAGGGCCGGGUUCCUCAUCGGCGACGGCGCGGGGGUGGGGAAGGGCCGAACGGUCGCCGGGGUGAUCUUGGAGAACUACCUGAAGGGGCGGAGGAAAGCUCUGUGGUUCAGCGUGUCCAACGACCUGAAGUACGACGCAGAGAGAGAUCUGAGAGACAUCGAGGCUCCCAACAUCCCUGUGCAUGCCUUAAACAAGAUUAAGUACGGUGACACCACUACCUCAGAGGGCGUCCUGUUCGCCACGUACUCCGCCCUGAUCGGCGAGAGCCAGGCCGGCGGCCAGCACCGGACCCGGCUGAAGCAGAUCCUGGACUGGUGCCGACCCGGGUUCGACGGCGUGAUCGUGUUUGACGAAUGCCACAAAGCCAAAAACGCCACGUCCACCAAGAUGGGCAAGGCCGUGCUGGACCUGCAGAACAAGCUGCCCCUGGCCCGCGUGGUCUACGCCAGCGCCACAGGUGCCUCCGAGCCAAAGAACAUGAUCUACAUGAGCCGGCUGGGGAUCUGGGGAGAGGGCACCCCCUUCAGGGCGUUUGAUGAAUUCCUGCACGCGAUAGAGAAGAGGGGCGUGGGCGCCAUGGAGAUCGUGGCGAUGGACAUGAAGGUGAGCGGGAUGUACAUGGCGCGGCAGCUGAGCUUCUCGGGCGUGUCCUUCCGCAUCGAGGAGAUCGGCCUGGACGACGACUUCAAGCUCGUCUACAACAAGGCCGCCCGCCUGUGGGCGGAGGCGCUGCUGCUCUUCUCGCGAGCAGCCGAUGAGCUGGCGCUGGUCUCCAGGAAGGCGCUGUGGGGCCAGUUCUGGUCCUCCCACCAGCGCUUCUUCAAGUACCUGUGCAUCGCCGCCAAGGUGCGCCGCCUGGUGGAGCUGGCCGAGAGCGAGCUGCGGCAGGGCAAGUGCAUCGUGAUUGGCCUGCAGUCCACAGGAGAGGCGCGUACCCGGGAGGUCCUGGACGAGAACGACGGACACCUGGACAGAUUCGUCUCCGCCGCAGAGGGUGUUUUCCAGUCUCUGGUGCAGAAGCACUUCCCCUCAGAGAAGCAGAAGAGAGAGAAACCAGCUGUAAACAAGAGGAAACGUAAACCUCGAGGUCGGCCAGUGAAGUUACCCAAACCGUGCCAGGAGGUCGGGGGUGUGAUCAGCAUCAGCGAUGACAGCAGUUCUGAGUCCGACGGGCUGGACAGCGACUCAAACUCCUCCCCCGAGUCCCUAUUGGACAACGAUGAUGUCAUAUUCGUCAACCACACCAGCCCCCACACCGUGAAACUAGAAGAAAUGAAGCAGGGGCUACUGAACAAGAUUUCGGAGCUGGGAAAGGAACUACCUCUAAACACCCUGGAUGAGCUGAUUGAUCGAUUCGGAGGUCCCGAGCAAGUCUCAGAGAUGACGGGGCGGAAGGGCCGGGUGGUGCGGCGGGACGGGGUGGUGCGGUACGAGUCCCGGGCGGAGCAGGGCACCAUCGACCACGUCAACAUCCAGGAGAAGAGCCGCUUCAUGUGCGGAGAGAAGCUGGUGGCUAUCAUAUCGGAGGCGGCCAGCUCGGGCAUCUCCCUGCAGGCGGACCGGCGGGUGAAGAACCAGCGGCGCCGGGUCCACAUGACCCUGGAGCUGCCCUGGAGCGCAGACCGAGCCAUCCAGCAGUUCGGCCGGACGCACCGCUCUAACCAGGUCACAGCGCCGGAGUACAUCUUCCUCAUCUCUGAGCUGGCGGGGGAGCGCCGCUUCGCCUCCAUCGUGGCCAAGCGGCUGGAGAGCCUGGGCGCUUUGACUCACGGGGACCGGAGAGCCACUGAGUCCAGAGACUUGAGCAAGUACAACUUUGAGAACAAGUAUGGCACCAAGGCUCUGGAUAAGAUCACCAAAGCCAUCCUGGGAUACAUCCAGAACAAAGUCCCUCCCCCAAAAGGGUAUCCGGGCGGGGACGCCACGUUCUUCAGUGAUAUGAAGCGGGGUCUGACGGACGUGGGCAUCUUCUGCAGGGAGCCGCGCACUGGGAUCAACACUGAGAAAGACUGCAGUAUCACUAAGUUCCUGAAUAGGAUCCUGGGGCUGGAGGUGCACAAGCAGAACUCGCUGUUCCAGUACUUCACCGACAACUUCGACUACCUGAUCGACAAAGACAAGAAGGAGGGAAAAUACGACAUGGGCAUUCUGGACCUGGCGCCAGGCAACGACGAAAUCCACGAGGAGACGCAGGAGAAGUUCCUGACCAAUGGAAACCCUCAGGAGGGUCAGGUGGUCUUGUACAAGAUCAGCGUGGAUCGCGGCAUGCCCUGGAACGAGGCCCUGGAGAAAUGGCGGACUCUCGCCGGCCCUGAUGAGGGAUUCUACCUCUCACUCAAGCUCCGGGGGAACCAGCCCUGCGUCCUGCUGGCAGAACAGGGCCGAGGACACAGCUUCAUCCUGUACAAGCCCAACAUCGGCAAGCAGGCCCACCCAGAGAGCCCGGACAACCUGCAGCGCCGCUACUACAAGGUGACACCUGAUGAAGCCAAGGAGUACUGGGAGAAUCAGUUCACUUUCUCCUUCAACAAGUGCAGCCACGCUAACUGGAACGGGCGCUGUAAGCAGGUGGAGGCGGGGCACGAGUGCUGGCUGGGCAUGCGUCUGAGGCAGUACCACAUGCUGUGCGGCGCGCUGCUCCGCGUGUGGAAGCGUGUGGCCGACGUGGUCUCUGACGUCACCGCCUCCAGCAUCCUGCAGAUCGUGCGGCUCAAGACCAAGCAGCACAACAAGCAAGUGGGUAUAAAGAUCCCGGAGGCGUGUGUUCCGCGGGUGAGGGCGGAGCUUGCUCAGAUGGACGAGGAGGUGAAGCGGCGGCGGAGAGAGAGAGAGCAGCGGGCGGAGGAGGAGCGAGCGGCCAAGGAGCAGGCGGCCAAGGAGCAGGCGGCCGAGGAGCUGGCCAAGGAGGUGGAGCGCCAGCAGCGGCUGCUCUACAGCCGCUACUUCCCCUCCGGCCAGCAGAGGGCGCCCCUGGACCUGUCGCGGCCCCAGGGCCUCUCCCCUUACCUCGCCCCCACGCCCCCGCCCGCACCCCCGCUCCCGUACCUCAUGCCCCGCCCCCAGAGGAGCCUGCCCGGCGACAGUGGCGCCUUCCUGGACCUGACCACCAGCAGCCCCUCGCUCUCCCCCGAGCCAGCGGGGGGCGCUGACGAGCCCUUCGACCUGGAGUCCCUGAUCGCGCAGUCCAAGCUGGGCUGCCCGCUGACCUCCGACCCCCAGCACGACGGCUUCUCCGCGCACGAGGCCUUCCUGGACUGCCCCUCCCCCUGCCUGCCUUCGUCAUACCUGCUCCCCGCCCCCGCCGUCUCCUCCUCAUCCUCGUCCUCAUCCUCCUCCUCCUCCUCCUCGUCUUCGUCCUCUUCUUCCUCCUCUUCCUCAGCCCCUGCCUGCAACGCCCCACCCCUAGCCCCGCCCCCCGCCUUCUUUCCGUACCCGGGCUCCGCCCCCGCGGACCUGCAGCCCUGGUCUUUACCCAACGGGCACUGCGGGGCCGACGCCCUCAUCAACGCCCGGGAGGUUCUGGACAACAUGUUCCGGAACAACCCGGAACGGCAGUCCGUCAUCCAGUACCGCUUCACCGACUAGGACCUGGCCUGCAGAGGGAGGCCCCGCCCUCCCGACCCUCCACUUCCUGGAGCCGCGGUGCGACGGCCUAUCUCUUCCCCCCCACCUCUGUGUCCUGGGGUUGGGGGGGGGGAGGAGUUUGGAGGUGAACACGACUCACCUCUGGCCCCCCCGGCAGCUCCAGGUGGAUGUUUUCAUUAAAGUGAGAAACAGACAAAAAAGAAAACGCUUCCUUAGCUAAGGGAGAAUGGAAACGUCUGCUGUGCGCAGGUUUGUGUGGAGAUGAAGGGUUUGGACAGGACAGGCCUCCACAGACUUCCGGUCACACUGUGGACAGAGUGGAUGGGCCCUGCUGGGUUUCGAUGCCUACGGCGGCCAUCUUGGGAGGCUCUCUGUGGCCCAUAGACCGCUGCCACCCUGUGAGAGCGGUGAAAUGGUGCUACGAGGGGGAGUCUCAGCCAGGCACCGGGAGGGGUGGAGAACCGCGCCCUAAAGACCUUGCUGUGCGCCCCCCCCCAGCACGGUGAUGGUGGAGCGUUUGCGCUCACACGGGAGCGACACGGUCAGGCUCUCUGGGUCCUCGGCUGGGCAAGGUCAACCCAGGCCGCCAAUGUUACUUUUAAUGCAGAAACUGACUUUUAAAAUUUUAUUUUUUAUCGUGUUCUUUUAGCGCCACCGAGACGCUUUCUCCCCCUUUUUCACGUGGAGCUUCGGCCUUUUUGACCUGCUCCACACCCCCCCCACCCUCCCCCCCUCCAAGAAAAGCAAAAUGAAAAACACUCCCCAUCUCCCAAAGAGAGCAUUAGAAGGACUAGCAAAGAAGUAAGAAAUUAUUUUUUGUUUUAAGGAUCAAUAGCCAUAUGUGAUUAUUUCUCCUGUUCCCUGAUUGGUGUAAAAUCGCGUGGCCUGCUCUGUGUGCGUCUCCAGGCCCCAGCGCCCCUCCUCUCCUUUGGUUGUCCUUGUUUGUGAUUGGCCAGACACUGGUCCGGGGUCAAAAAGCAGCCAUUCAGGGUAGGGCUUGCAGGCGACAGGCGGUCCUGGUAAAUGAGCGGGCGAAUCCGUGCCAGAGGGGCGGAGCCAGAGGAGUCCGUGCGGGAUUCAGACCUCAGUGGCGUGUGGUGCAUUGUGGGGCUUCAGGAUUCGGGCGUGGACCUCGGCGCGCCCUCUGCGCGUCACAGGAUGCUGAAAUGACAGAAAACGCCUGCCCUUAUAACCGUGCCUUCAAAACAAUUCUAUGAAAAAAUGCAGUCUUUAAAAAUGAAAUGAAUAAAAACACACAUGUAUAUAUUUAUAUUUAGAGCAGUGGUAUGUUAUUUAUUAUGGAGUUGCAUUUAACUCUCACCCCCCCGUAGUCUUUUAGUGUCGAACUAUACAAAGCUGGGAACAGGUAGUGCUCUAACGAGGUCACGUGACAUUCUGCCUACCCCCCAUUGGUCUGUUUCCUGCCCAAUCCCAUUCGCCAUUCCAGACAUUACAGCCUAGAUGAAGCCAUGGAGCUUAGCGUUCGGAAAGUGUAUUCUUCUUUCUGUAAAAAAAAAAUAAAUAAAAUAACUUCUUUGUUUCACUCCUUGAUUUAAAAUUCUCAGGGCAGUGGACGCCAUGCUUUUUAUUUUUUUAUUAUUUUUUUUCCCCCAACGUUAGGACGGAUUUCUGAAGUUCCCCUCCCCCGAAUACUCACAUAUCAAAAGCGCGAGUCCUUAAGCCUCAAGUGCAUGUAGUUGGUGAUUUGAAUCCCUGGACGAAAAUAAAUAAAUAAAUGCAUUUUUUUUUUUUUUAUUCAAAAAGACAAAGUGGUUUCUCCCGGUUUCAGCCCUUCUCUCAGACGUGUGCGUUUCCAUAGCAAUAAAACCUGUGUGACUGUAAACAAAAACGUGUAUUAUAAAUAAUAAAAACGUAAAAGUUGACUUCUGCUCCUGUGCAGUAUGAUGUCGAAGUGUGUGAGAGAGCCAGAAGUCCUCAGAUCACUGGUUAGUUUUUCUCUUGUGGACUGACCUGCUGUAGAAACAAGUAAUAAAUACAGAAGAAAUUAUAACAGGUCCGAUAUUUUUAGAUCAAGCCUUGUGUCCUGUGCUCCUGUAAAUAAAAUGGGACGAAAGCAAUUUGUCUUUUAUUAAUACUAAUGUUGUUUGUAUAAUUGUUAUUGUUGCUAUAAUUAUAAUUGUUUGUUAUUUAUAUUUAAGGGACACUAGUGGAAUUUAAAAAAUAUAUAUAUUAUAAUCCUGUUCUGUAGUUUAGUCGGAUAAAGGUUUUGUCAGGGACUCCUUUGAAUUAACAAACAAAACGAAACAAAAAAAGUGUAUUGUAACCUGCCACCAAAUAUAUUGCACUGUUCUGUACUGCUGUGGGGUCAGUCUUCUCUCAGUUUUAUUAUUUUUUUUUGUUUUGACCCAAGUUCAAUUUUUCGGACUUGUUUUUUUUUUUUUUUUUUUUUUUCUCCAGUCCAAGACUUCAGACCGCAAAGUGAUACCAAAGUGUUUUGCGCCUGAAGUUACUGACUACGUGUGAACUGUUCUGAAUCUCAGGAAGAAAACCUUUACCAUAAAUAAGAUCUGUCUUAGCCAAUCGUUUUAGAGCAAAGGUCUGGUUAAGUUGAUUAUUUACAGUGCAGCCAACCAAUGACUACAGUAACAACAAAAGAGAACACGACUGCAAAUUUUGUUCGUACUGCACUUCUCUGAAAAAGAAGCUGUCAGUUUUUGUUUUUGUUUGUCUUUUUCUCGAGACUUGAUAUUGUGGGGUUUUUUUAAUCGUCUGUUUUUAAUUGUCAGGUGUUUCUGCCUCCUCUCAUUGUUUUUGCAUUCUUAGUGUAAAGCUCAAAAUCUGUUCCUGAACAUAAUUGUUUUUUAAAACAUAUUUGUGAGUGAGUGGUUGGGGGGUGGGGUGGGGGGGGGGCAUGUGAAGUACAGUAAUUGGUAUUUAAAAAUGAAAUUUAAGUACAAACUUUUCCUGAAUCCAGACCUAGGCUUCCUGGAAGUGUUUGAAUCUGGAAUGCAGGCUCUAGUAUGCGAUUGAGACUCCAUUCCAGCUCAUUGGCCACCAUUUGCAAAAAAAAAAAAAUUAUUAUUAUUAUUAUUAUUAUUAUGAUUUUGAUCAUUCCCAUUUCCAGUAUAGUUACACUCUGAGCUCCCAGUUAAGGUCUUGGCAUUGCACUUGUGCAUGCAAAGCUGAAAGAAACGAAAUGUCGAUUUGGGGAGCACAGGAUGAGAAGUUGACGGACAGCGUUGGCCACCUGGGUCGUUUUUUAUCGUAAUAACUUAUUGUGACCCCCCUCGUAUUUUUAAGCAUUUUAUUAUUGUAGUCCAAUUUGGAAAAAUAGAUAUUGUCACUAUUCUGAGUUACGUGCCCUGGUGAGAUUUAACCCUGGAUUAGAGACUCGAUUGCUGUAUUUUCAGUUUCAGUUUGCACUAAGAAUGGCUUAAACACGUAACCGUCACAUUUGCGCCCAUGUUUUACUGUUCUACAGCAGUAAGCCCGUAUUUGUCCUGUUUUUUUUUUUUUUUUUUUUUUUAACAGUUUUACGUGCAGAAACCAUCUCCAUCCUUCUCUGACCUUGACAGAUAUCGCGUUCAAAUAAAUUAUUGCUAACAGUAAAAAUAAUUUUUUUUAAAAAUACAAAAAAAAAUGCUACUGAUUGUAUUUUAUUGUUUAUUUUUUACAAAAGCUAAUUUUCCUGUAAAACUGUUAAACUGCACUUUCGGGGUUUGCUUUUGUUUUUCUAUGUAUUUAUAUUUUAGAUCAAAGUGUAUAUAUUGUAAACGAUUGUGCCUUUUGACUAAUUCCUAAAAACAACAACAACAAAAAAGUUUUCUAUACAUAACAGAAGGAAAUAUUGUAUUGCAAUCUUGGUUUUGUUGAAAGACAAAAUAAAAACUCAGAGGUUGCUGAAAAGGCA